GUUGGGGAGUGCCCCCGCCUGCGGUGUUGUGCUGUGUCUGUGUCGCCGGACCAUGCGGAUUACGGAUUGCCUCUUGGCGGUGGCUGCGGCCAUGUGUGAAGUGCUGGGCCAGCAGACCGGACCACCAGAGGCCGCGCCCGGCGAGGAUGCCGUGGACCUGAGACAGGACGGAGGCUACGGAUUCCGGUACAACACCAGAGACCAGGGCGGCCACUACGGACAGGCAGUCGCCACUCCGGAUAACACCGUCACUGGCAAGUUCGGGUACCGCGAGCCCGGGACGGGCCGGGUGCUGGAGACGCAGUACACGGCCGGGGAACGAGGAUUCCGCGCCCAGGGGCCUACCAUACACCGCCGCAUGGACCUCAGCCAGGUGAAGAUACCGUACAGCCCGCCCGUGUCACCGGACUCGCCCGACUACAAGCCUUCCUACAGCUCAUACUACGAUCCCAACGAGGACUCUAGUUACCACUUCGACUUCGCGACUAACGAAUACAAACGUACCGAGACCGGUGGACCUCUUGGCCAGAUCGGCGGAGCUUACUCGUACAUCGAUGACGUUGGUGAUAUCCACAACGUAGAAUUCGAGGCGGGAUCACAGAUCGGUUUCCACGUCAAGACACCUUAUCCUGACUCCAACCACAACUAUAACGAGCUGUACUUCCGCGGUGACGGCAAGGUGCCGCUGAGAGGGCGUACAUCGAUACAGCGGGGUCUGGACGGCUCCUACAGGUUUACCACUCACAGCCAGGACCAGCGGCGGUCGGAGGUGAAAGACGCCCAGGGCAACACGAGAGGCUCGUACACGUACAUCGGCAAGGACGGUCUUCAGAGGACAGUUCAGUACAUAGCAGGGCCGAACAUAGGGUAUAAAAUUGUAAAUCAAGGAUUAGGCCCUGAUUUGGAUCCUCAGUUUCCUUACACUAAUCAAAACUACAUACCUCCUAUCCUGCAAGGAGGAGAUAAACCCGGAUACGGCUCUGGGGGUGUUACUACUUCACCUUUUUUUAAUUUAGAUGGAGGUGGAGUCGGAGUUGGCGAUGGAUCUGGGAAACCAUCUAAAGGACCGAAACCACCAAGACCUACUUCUCCUUCUUUUGGUUUCGAUUCGACUUUGCCACCUACAGUUAGCACUUCUACGAUCUCAAACACGUUUGGUCAAAAUGGAGCGGGUGGAAGUUCACUUGGAGGAGGAGGUGGAGGAGGAGGCGGAGGCGGAGGAGUAGGGGGAGGACAAGGAGGUGGGUUUGGAGACUUUGGAAGUUCUAUUGGAGGAGGUGGAGGUCAUUUUGGAACGGGUGGAAAUACUUUUGGCGGAGCUGGGCCUUCUUUGGGUUCAGAAGUAAGUUCUGGUAACCAAACUCCAAGACCUCCUUCAUCGUGUUGUCCUCUUGCAGGAUCAGAUAAACGUCCAGGAAUAGGAAAUUCAAAUAACCAGGUAGGUUCUGACUUAGGAUCUGGUUCUUCCCCGUCAGGAGAACCUCCGUACCCUCCGAGCGGCCAAAAACCAACAAAUGGUCUCCCAACACCGUCAUUCACGCCUAGCAAACAGAAACCUUCUUCUACAAAUCAAGAAACAUCAAUGAAUGAUUUUCUUUCUCCGACAUCUGGUUACCCCCCUCUUCAUGCAGGUUUUCCUGAAGAAGAUAAGCCAAAGCCGUUUGAUAAGCCAUCUUUUAAACCAUUUACAGUCGAAGAUAACUUAUUCCUUCAAAGACCAUUUUCGUCCUUGCCACCUGCAGGAGGUAGCUCUAGAUUUUAUCCAGGUCGAACAGAUGAUUUUAUACAAGCCAGCUCAUUCACAAGCGGUCCUGAGUAUAAUGGCGACGUACUGGAGAAAGACGGCGCUUAUUCAGAAGACGAAUUCAGAGGUUUCCCGCCUGGAAUCUCGGUGAAAGGGAGAAUCCAAUCCCUCGACAUUAACCCCUUUGGGACGAAAGUGCCAGCCCCAGGAGAAGCCCUGGAGCAGUUAACUAGUGACUCGAACUCGUGAAGUCUGUCCAAUUGUUUAUUUUCCAAAUCCCUAUAGGAUUACAAAUAGUGAAAACUAUUUAUACUUAAUCCUCGUACUGCAAUUAAUGUAUGAACUCGCUGAAAAAAAAAUACUCGUUUUGGUUGCAACAAAAUUCUUCUCCUUAUAUAAUAAUUUACCAUACGAGAACGGAUUACGUGUUUGGACAACCACUAUGGUAGAUAGAGUGGUACACUGGUUACAUUAUGUGUAAAAUACAUUGAAAACUACCACCUUGCUUGCGUCAGUAGAUGACGAGUUCUUUGUACCUGACACCACACAUUUCUAUACAAAACACUAUUCAAUAUUCAGCUGAAACGUUCAUCGCCUUUUUAUUUAGAACAACAACAUGAAUUAAUAAAUAUUUAUAUAGUUUUAGUCCUGUCGUCAUUAUUAUCAUAAAGGUAACUAAACCACAAGACCAAAGAUAAUAAGUGUUAUCUAUUGUAAAUAAAACCUAAUUAUUUGUACAGUAUCAUGUGUGUGUGUGUGUGAGUGCGUGAAUGGUUAUCAUGUGUAUUUAUAAGCACUUUUCCUAGUAUUUCAUGAGUUGUAAAUAUAAUGCUUUAAUAAGUGUAUAAUAAAGUUUUGUUUAUAAGAAAAAAUUGAUACUUUACCUCAAGUUUUGUGUAAAUAUGUAACCCCAAUAUUGUACUUUGGACAUGCGUGUCUAUAGUAGUAUAACCAAACAAAACAAAAAAUAGAUUGGUUAUUUAUGUAUCCGAAUACACUGCGUAGACCUAUCUAGUAUAAUUAUUGUUUUCCUUGAA